AAAAUUCCCGGGUUGAUCUCUCUCUCUCUCGUUUCGUCAAGAGUUGCAGCUUGCAAGAAGCCUCUUGGUUUCCCAGAAGGCGCGUUGGAUUUGUUCCUUUUCCUGCUUCGGAUCGACUGCAUUUGGGGGUUGGGUCCAUCUCGUCCGUUUGCUUUCCUUAGAUCUAUUCCUCCUGUCCCAAUUUCUUCGUCGAUUCUUGAGGGAACGUCGGAGGGCCAAGCUCACAACUGGAGCCUGUUUUACUCUCACCGGGCUACACCCAGAUUUUUGUAGCGGCGGAGCAUUGAAAGGCAAGAAAUUUAGUGAAAUUGUUGACAAAACCUUCAAGGGGACGGCCUGACAAGACAGCGGAGAUAUUUGGCCUCUGGAAAUUGUGUACAAGUAAUUUGUGAAGAUAUGGUUCUCUAGAGGAGCUGUGAAAGCGGAAAAAGGACAUGGCAUUUUAUUCGGAGGAGGACAAGAGUGAAGAUUACCUCUUCAAGAUUGUCCUCAUUGGUGAUUCUGCAGUGGGGAAAUCGAAUCUGCUAGCAAGAUUUGCGAGGGACGAAUUCUAUCCCAAUUCAAAAUCAACUAUAGGGGUAGAGUUCCAGACACAGAAGAUGGAUAUCAAUGGAAAGGAGAUCAAGGCGCAGAUAUGGGACACAGCAGGUCAAGAACGUUUCAGGGCUGUCACUUCUGCAUAUUAUCGCGGUGCUGUUGGAGCUCUUCUCGUCUAUGACAUCAGUAGACGACAGACUUUUGACAGCAUCGGUAGAUGGCUCAACGAGCUUCACACACAUUCGGAUAUGAACGUGGUGACGAUCUUGGUGGGGAACAAGAGUGAUCUAAAGGAAGUGAGAGAAGUGUCGACGGGGGAAGGGAAGGCGUUGGCGGAGGCGCAGGGUCUGUUCUUCAUGGAGACGUCGGCACUGGACUCGUCUAACGUAACAGCUGCCUUUGAGACGGUGGUGAGAGAGAUAUACAACAUUCUGAGCAGGAAGGUGAUAUCGCAGGAGCUGAACAAGCAAGACCCAGCAUCCCUCAGCAACGGGAAGAAGGUCAUCAUCCAUGACGGGGCUGGAGAGUCUGCCACCGACUCCAAGAAAGGCUGGUGCUGUUCGGCUGCUUGACCAUGUGCUAAAAAAAGAUUUGCCUUUUGGGUGCUGCUGAUGCAAGCGUAGGAGCCAUCGUCAAUCUGUAAAUUUCCUUUUUGUUUUUCAUUUCAUGAGAGAAGCUCUGAGACUGUGAUACACCUCCUCUGAAGUUGGCGAUGGUGAUGGACGAUGGAUCCUUGGUGACGUUUGAUGAAAUGUGAUUCAUGAUCUCAUCAAAAGCCAAUUACGAUGGACAUGCGA